AUGGCGGACGUGCAGCUCGUGAACGCGGACGCGCUCGCGCGAUUCCUCGCCGGCCCUCCGAGAGCGCCCGACGUCGCGCCCGCGCGCGACGCCGCCGCCGCGGUGCAGCGCCGACGGUGGGGCGUCGCGCCAGCCAUCGAAAAAGACGACACGUGUGCGGACGCCGCCCCCGCCGCGCCGCCGUCGUGGUGGCAGAACACGUCGUGGUUCGCGAACGCCGCCGCGGACGUCUCCCCCGUCCUCGCAGACCCCGCGGGCGCGGACGGCGGCGCCGUCGCGUCCACGAUCCGCGGCGCGGCCGCGGUCGGCGGCGCGAUCUGCCAGAACCGCUUCACCGGCGUCGGGCAGCGCGACCCGAUCCGCCCGGUCGCGCCGCAGAGCGUCCGCUUGAACGGUCUCUCGGCGGUGGAAGACCCGGGCGAGGUGCACGGCGGGCACAACGCGUCGACGCGCGUUCACGGCGGCGGCGCGUACGUCCCCGUCGGCGGCGCGAUGGCGCACUCGAGGCUGUCGCUGCAGCCGCGGGAUCUGCGCGCGAAGGGGCCGCGGUGCGCGGACUCGUUCGAAGCCGCGAGAGCGGUCUCCCGCGGCGACACCGCAGACGGCGAAAAGCGCGACACCGCGUGCGCGGUCGCGAACAACAGAGCGAAGCCGCGGUACGCGUUCGACUUCGAACGCGGCGUGUGGGAGGUCCAAGGCGCGCCGGGGGCGGCGGUGUUGCCGGAGAGAGAGCGCGCCGCCGCCGCCGCCGCCGCCGUCCCGCGCGUCGACGACGGCUCGUCGGACGAGGAGAAGACGACGAUGACCCCCGAGGAACUCGCGCUCGUCGAGACGACGCGCGGGCUGCGUCUUAAUCGCUUCGGGGCGAACCACGAGGCGUCGCUCGCGGCGGCGGCGGCGAAGCGCCGCGCCGCUCGGAACAUCGAAUCCGCGACGCUUCGCGGAUCCGCGUCGCACAAACGCGCCGCGUCCGCGGUCCCGUUGCCGUCCGACCGCCGCGGAUCCGAUUCGAAGAACUCGAUCGCGCGAACGGACGAGGCGCGCGAUUCAGGAGUUGACACGUGGACGCCUGCGUGGCAGAUGCUGCGGCUGGAAAACGGCGACGUCGUCUUCUUCGGCGCCCCCGACGCGUCGCCGGCGUCGGUCCGCGCGUGGCUCUCGGGGAAGACCCCGUGGCCGGAGGUGCGCGUGAUGGAGCUGAGCAAGCGCGCGCGCUCGGCGCAGGGCGUGCCGAGAGGCGCCCCGGGGCCGAUCGCCUCGAGCGCGCUCGUGAACGCGGCGAAGGAGGAGCUCGCGAGGAUCGCGGAGGAGGACGACGCCGCCGACGCCGACGCCGCCGCCACCGGAGAGAAAAAAACCGUGAACCUGCCCCCGGGGAGCACCGCGUCGCCGCAGCAGGCGAAUAUCAUCGAGCAGCUCGUGCACGCGACGGGCGCGGGGAAGAGAGAAGGCGACGACGUCGCCUCCGAAGCCCCCGCGACGACGACGACGACGCCGACGACGCGCGCGGAGAAAGAGAUGGAGGCGCUGAAAGACGCGUUGCGGGCGUCCAUUCGCGAGAGACGCGCGCUGACGACGCGAACGCGCGCGCUCGAGGACGCGCUCGCCGCCGCGGGCCUCCCCAUCCCGCCGCCGUGACGCGACGCGACGCGCGACGUCCGCGACGACGACGAUUGCCGCGGCAGUCGCUUCGCUGUGAUGUAAUAUAAACCUCCGCUCGCGAAUGAACUU